AUGCUGCUCGCACCGUCCUUCCUGCUCCUGCUGCCCCUGCUGGCCCUGCCAGCCCCCUCCCACGCCUGGUCUCGGCCCCUGUGGUACCAGGUGGGACUGGACCUCCAGCCUUGGGGCUGCCAGCCCAACAGCCUGGAAGGUUGUGGGGGCAGCCUGGGCUGUCCUGGCCACUGGAUGGGCCUGGGGAUGAGCCGCAUCUACCCUGUGGCUGGGGUCACAGUCACCACUACCAUGAUGCUGAUGAUGGGCCGAGCAGUGCUUCAGCGACGGCGCUCCCAGGCUUCUAAGUCUGAGCAUCCACGGGUGACCACUAACCUCCCUGGACCCUGGAAACGGCGGACCCCAAUCUCAGACCGCGCCCUGCUCCUUGGUGUCCUGCACAUGCUGGAUUCCCUCCUGGUCCAUAUUGAGAGCCACCUGCAGCGUAUAUCUACCCAACAGAAGUCCCAAAUAAAGGGGACUCCCGCCCAGAGUGGGUGA